AUGGCCAUCUUAUCCGACCACCUGGGCCUCGGCCUGGCAGCCCGCCUGUUCCACUACGCCUUCGCGGUGUGGGUGUCUGUGCAGUUCUUGUACAACUUCGCCAUGACCCAGUGGACGGAGCCGGGCAGCUCAAGGCUUGCGAAGCCAGUCUUCGAGGUGACCGGGCAGUUCGAGCUGGACUGCAGCCUCGGCGAGAGGGCAUCGGCGGAGGCCAAGCCUAUGCAGCUGAUGUACGCGCCCAACUACUGCGAGCGCUGCCAGUAUUGGAAGCCGCCUCGCUCACACCACUGUAGCAUCUGCGCGAAGUGCGUGCUCCGAAUGGAUCACCACUGUCCCUUCACAGGGAACUGCAUUGGCAUCCGCAACCACGGGUUCUUCGUCCUUUUCUGGUUCUUUGCCACGGUGGCAGCACUUUCCUCAUUUCAUUACUUCCAGGCUGCUGCUACUGGUGCUCCUCCUCCUCCUCCUCCUCCUCCUGCGACUUCCAAGGGGGGGUCGGCAACCAUGGCCGGAUUUCGGAGAGGGGCUAGGGGAAGCCACCGUGGUCAGUAA